AAGUUGUUAUGGAUAAGUUACGUUGAUUUGCAUCCUCGUAGAUCUUCAUCACUUAUUGAUGAAAUUUUCGCGUUUGUAAGCGUUAUAAGUAUUUUAUUUACUUAAGAAUAACAUUUUUGUCUGCGUGAAACAUUCACUAUAGUACAACAACCCUUUUAAAAUAUGACAGUGUAUUUUCCACUAUAUCACGAGAAGUAAAUCACAUACUCAAAUUGAUUUAAACCACACACAUAGUUUGGUACAAAUAGCUUUUUAACAAGUUAACAGCUAACCAACCAUGAAAUUGAACUGCUCAAAAGAUAUAAAUACCAAGUUCUUCCAAGAGGUCCAUUCAGAACGUCGCAGAGUAUCACAAAAUAACAGCCCCGAUCAUCGUAGACCAACUUGACUACACAAGCCACAUUGAACAAGAAAGAGUUUUUUAGUUUACUUCACCGAAAUGUUACCGUUUAAAAAAUCUACCAGCAAGACCGUUAUUAUCCUACUGAUAUUUUUUAUUUCAACUUGUUUUGGAUUUUUGGAGAAUCUAAAUAGAGAUUAUCAAUCUCGUAGAAGCUUUCGAAGAAGUCGCGUAUCUGCAGAUAGAGAAUUUCGUGAAGAAUUGCCUCUUCGAAGAGAUAAUAGUCGACGUGUUAAUGAAAAAGACGUGAUUUACGAAAAUUUGUACGAUAGGCGAAGCUUUAGAACUGGUACUGACAGACAAUUCAGAAAUCAAGACAGAGAUCGCGUAUCAAAUAUCCAAGAUAGACAUCUUGUAGAGAGAUCUGACAACAGGGUUACAGAUCAUAACCGUUCUCAACUAGAUAGAUCGAGAUCUCUUAUACAAAAUGAUAGAAGAACGAAUGGAUUCGACAGGAAUAUUCGGCGAGAACGUGACCGAAACUUGGAGAUUCGAAAUGGAAACGAAAGAAAAAUUUCGACCGGAAAAACCGUCGAACCUGAACGGUUUUCUCGCGACAUUAGAGAACGCAGAAACGACGCUAGACAAAGCAGGAAUCUUGCCUCUAGGAUCAGUUAUCGUGAAGGAAGUUUAGAAGAACGCCGUCGUCACCGAGUAGGUGUCGAAAGCACCCAGUUAACUCGUGCUCGAGUUGUCAGAUAUCGGCGAAAUGUGGAAAAUCGUCAAUGCGAUUUAAAUCGAAAAGAAACGCAACGUUCUGGUGGUACUAAAUAUGUUCCGAUGGUAAUUCGAGAAUCCAGGGUACGAGAUGGCGAAAGACAUUCCAGACAAUACCGAUAUGGUACUUUGAACGAAAAUAGAAAUCCUUCCGUGAAUCGAGAUGAUUCCAGACGUACAAGAACUAGGAAUAUUUAUAGAAACGAUUAUGUAGCAAGAGAUCGUGUUCUUAAUGGACCAAUUUCAACUCAUUCGUCUAGGAAUGAUGUUUAUAGAGCCGCUUCGUCUAGAAGAGACUCCGCUAGACAAGUAUCGAACGCUCGAAUCAAUUCUAGGAACACCGAAAACGACUCUAGCUCUUCGAGACGGUUUGUGCCAGUUAGGUCGAAUCAGAGGGCAACGCGACAAUCUAUAGAUCAAAGUCGAUCUGUACAAUCCGUAGACCGACGUUCUGUACCAGUUGUUGAAUACUUACCAAACGAAAAUUUGGUUCGGAAAUUGAAGUUCGAUGUUUUGGCUAACGUCAUACAAGUCAUACUCGGUGUUUACUUGAUUGGGCAGAUAUUCGCGCAUUCUUCAAAGAAAAAACUUUUUGGAUAUCAAAGUGUAUUACCUUCUUGGUAUUCCGUAAAGGAUAAAUUGGAUUAAUUGUUUUAUGUUUUUAUUUUGAGGCAAUUACUGAACUGAUGACAACCGCUAUGCUCUAAGGUACCUGAUGUAGAUUUAACAUUAAUAGUAGUUAAUAUUUAUGGAAAAUAAACAUAUUCACAACAUCUUUCAUCUCAAAGUCUAUCAAAAUCUCGGAAUAGAAUAUUCAUUAUUAUAAAUAUAUGUAUAAACGUAUUCAGAAUGUUAUUAAAUGUAGUUAGCUAAUAAAUAUUAAAAAAA